UACCCCGCCCACCAUCCACUCACUCGAAAGGCUCCAAAUCAAGCCGUUCCGGUUCAGACUCGUUCCACAGGGCAGCAAUGGCGUCGCCGUCGCCUGCGGUUGAGACGGCCAUGGACCUCGAUAAGCUUAGCUACGAGAUUUUCUCCAUCCUCGAAAGCAAGUUUCUCUUCGGUUAUGAUGAUCCCCCUAAUCUCCUCCUCUCCUCGGCCACCUUCCCCGACGGCGGCCCUCGCCCUCUGCCGCCGGCUGCCGCCUCCGAAGGCAGGGUACGAAUCCUUUCCGUCGACGGAGGAGGACGCCCCGCCGACGCCCUCCUUGCUGCCGCCUCCCUCGCACGCCUCGAGUCCUCCCUCCGCCGCCUCUCCGGCGAUCCCUCAGCGCGCGUAGCCGAUUUCUUCGACGUCGCCGCCGGCUCCGGCGCCGGAGGAGUUCUCGCGGCCAUGCUCUUCGCCUGCGGCCCAGAUGGGCGCUCCCUGCUCUCCGCCGCCGACGCCCUGGGGCUCCUCCUAGCGAAGAGCGGCCGGUCGUCGUUCGCGGACGCGAGGCGCGGCCCGCUCGCUUGGUGGAGGCCGCGCGGAGCCGCUGGGGUGUUCCGGAAGGUUUUAGGCAACGCCACGCUGCGGGACACCGUGAAGCCGCUUCUGGUGCCGUGCUUCGACCUGGCGACGGGGGCGCCGUUCCUCUUCUCGCGCGCGGACGCGGUGGAGGGGGACGCGUACGAUUUCCCGCUGCGGCAGGUCUGCGCCGCCACGUGCGCAGCGGGGACGGCGCCGGUGGAAAUGCGGUCUGCGGACGGAAAGACCCGAAUCACAGCCAUUGGCGGCGGCGUCUCGAUGAGCAACCCUGCGGCCGCGGCCAUCAGCCACGUACUCAACAACAAAUGCGAGUUCCCGUUCGCCGACGGGAUGAAGGACCUCAUGGUGCUCUCCCUCAGUAGCACCAUCGCCGGCGGCAUCGGCAAAGAAGUAGAUCCGCGAAGGAGGAGGCUGGUUCCGUCGCUGGCGGAACUCCUCCGGAUUGCAGGCGAAGGCGUCGCCGAUGUGGUGGACCAAGCAAUCGCGAUGUCAUUCGGACAAAACAGGGCUGACAAUUACGUGAGGAUUCAGGGCAACGGAUUCGAAUUACAUGAUCGCGAGGAUAUUCAAAAAACAAGAGACAGCGGCAAAUUGCUGAGCUUGUUGGAGAAACAAUUGUCGCAGAAGAACGUGGAAUCGUUAUUAUUUCGAGGGAAGAAAAUCUCGGAGCAAACCAACGCUGAGAAGCUCGACCGGUUCGCCGGUUCGCUGGUCAAGGAAGACCAGCGGAGGGGCAACAGCCAAAUUCCCAACGUGGUACUGAAGCAGGUGGCGACGCCGAGGACUUCCUCCACCGCCGGCGUCGCCGCCACGAGGGAGGUAGCACCAGCGAGGACAUCCAUAUCGUGUUAAUUAAUUUUACUCAAAAAAUGGGGGAAAAAAAGAGAAAAAAAAAACGCAUAGAUCUUUUAGGAAAAAAAUAAGAGACGAAGGCUGUGUAACCGAUGAACGUGAAUGACUUUGUACAUCUAUUUAGUUGGAUUCUGAACGUGUUUAUAUUGAAAAUUUA